AAAUUGCUUCUUCUUCUUUUUCUUUUUUUUCUUUUUUUUCCCAACAAAUAAUAAACUCACCCAUUAUUUGCUCCGAAGUGACUUGAACCCUCAACAUUCCACUUUAGGAAUUACAACCCUUAGGUUAAUUGGCUUUAGAUUAGAUCAAAAUCAUCAACAUAAAUUACACUAUAUUAUUAUUUUAUUGUACUGUACUAUAUGUGUGGUUGUGUUGAUGUUGAAUUGGAUUAUCUCAAUACCUGUAUUCAUGGUCAAUUUCAAAUGAAGAAAAAAAGAUAAGUUUGAACUUUUUGUUGCCAAAAUUCAUCUCAUUUUGAAAAAAUUUGUCCGAACCCUACAAAUUUUUGGUUUAGACUCAGAUUGUUCAGGUUAAGCCUCCUAGCUUCCAGUCUUAAUUUGAUGAGUAGCUUGAAUAGCCCCAAUCUAUGCAUAUUGCCAAAAAUAUGGUUUAGAGUUAUUAUACAAUUGAUCCAGCCUUAAUUUCAUGAGUAAGAGUCAUGAGUCACAACAUAAUGAAUUAUCAAAGAAAAAUUCUAAUCACCCUUAAUGAAAGAUUUAAGCCCCAUUAAUUUAAAAAGCAUUUUAAUACAUUUCAAAUGUCAAUGGUUCCUUUUUUAUGCCACUUGAUUAACCAGUUAAGUUCAGAAAGUUCAGUCUGCAUAUAAUUCAAAUAUCUUUCAUGCAAUGUGGCACUUGAGGAAACAUGACUUUGUUGCCUAUUAGCUCUUUCUUCUUCUUGCUUUAUUCAAUUUUCCCAGAAAGUUAAAGAUAUGGAGAGAACAAUCUCUGAAGACAGGCAAAUAGCUAGACCUCUGCUUGUCAAUGGUGAUGGGCCGCGAAAGGACUCCUCUGCCACAGCUAUGGUUGUCCUUAGCACCUUCAUCGCAGUCUGCGGUUCUUAUGCAUUUGGGGCUGCUAUCGGAUAUUCAUCACCAGCUGAGUCUGGUAUCAUGGAUGACCUCGGUCUCUCUGUGGCAGAGUACUCGGUUUUCGGCUCCAUAUUGACAAUUGGAGCAAUGUUAGGUGCAGUGACAAGUGGAAAGAUAGCGGAUCACAUUGGUCGACGAGGUACAAUGGGGAUUUCAGAAAUAUUCUGCAUUAUGGGAUGGUUUGCAAUAUUACUCUCCGAGGUUGCUUGGUUGCUCGACCUUGGAAGGCUGUCGAUUGGAUGUGGGAUUGGUCUUCUUUCUUAUGUGGUACCUGUCUAUAUAGCAGAAAUAACACCAAAAAAUCUUAGAGGAGGUUUUGCAACAGUGCAUCAGGUCAUGAUAACACUCGGUUCAGCAAUUACAUUUUUUGUUGGAACUGUUGUCAGCUGGCGCAUAUUGGCUCUAAUAGGAAUUAUUCCGUGUCUAGUACAGCUUUUAGGUCUAUUCUUCAUUCCAGAAUCUCCGAGAUGGUUGGCUAAAAUUGGUCGACAAAAAGACUGUGAAGCUGCUUUACAACGCCUCAGGGGCGACGAUAUUUCUCCUGAAGCAGCUGAGAUUAUAGAUUACACAGAAGCCCUUAAACAGCUCCCUGAAGCUAAAAUUCUAGACCUGUUCCAGUGGAAAUAUGCUCAUUCUCUGAUUGUUGGAGUUGGGAUGAUGAUGUUGCAACAAUUCGGUGGUUCUAAUGGGAUCGCCUUUUACGCGAGUUCCAUAUUUACCUUGGCUGGUUUCUCGGCCAAAAUUGGGACCAUAGCAAUGGCUGUUGUGCAGAUUCCCACGACCGUGUUAGGUGUAUUUUUAAUGGAUAAAUCUGGCAGAAGACCACUUCUGAUGAUAUCAGCAGCAGGAACAUGCUUGGGUUGUUUUUUAGCAGGGUUGGCAUUCCUCUUGCAGGAUUUUCAACUGUGGAAUGAAGUCACUCCAAUUUUGGUGCUUGUUGGAAUACUGGUGUAUAAUGGAUCAUUCGGGUUGGGGAUGGCAGGAAUACCAUGGCUCAUUAUGUCAGAGAUAUUUCCUAUAAACAUGAAAGGUUUGGCUGGAAGUCUCGUGUCUUUGGUCAACUGGUUUGUUUCUUGGCUUGUUUCAUACAUAUUCAACUUCUUACUGGAUUGGAGCUCAGCAGGAACAUUCUUCAUAUUUUCAAGCAUUUCUUGUAUAACUGUUGUGUUCGUCGCAAAGCUUGUACCAGAGACUAAGGGGAGAACACUAGAAGAAAUCCAGGCAAUGAUGACAUUUUCAUCAAGAAGAUAAGUCGGGCAUUCUCAUAUUAUGGCUAUCACUUACGGAAUUAGAAUUAAAGACGGCUAAUAGACUCGACACUGCAACCUUUGCAACCAAACAAGAUGCAGAACAGUUGCAGAGAUUGGUAAUGAACUAGCUAGAGUGGCUGAACCAGCAGAUGAAUCUACAAUUCAAUCUAACAUGGUAGGUAGAUUGUGUGUUGUAUUUGGGAAAUUCGGAACACGGUUGGACAAUAAUGAUGAUUUUUACCUACAAUUCACUAAACUUUUAACUUUGCUACAUUUGAUCAACAUUAAGUCCAUGAAUUUGAUUUAAUAAAUUAAUGCAAUUUUUUGUUUAUACUCCA